UAUCUUCUUCUUCUUUCUUUUUCCUGACCCCUUUAUGCUUUCUCUUCCCUCCCAAUUUUCUCUCUUUUUCAAUCUCAAAGACCCUAAUUGUCCCUCUUUGAUCAUCAGCACCAUCACCACAACCAAAAUUCUCCUCGAAAAAUCCAUCUUGAUUUUAGUGGGUCUUUGUUAUAUUAGGCACACUAACAUUGAGAUCAACCUAGACCUAAAUUGUUCCACGUAGUUAUAGACACGUAUUUAGGUCUCAUUUUGACAUAUAUUAUAAAGUUUUGUAGCCACUAGGCACUUUGGUUUUCAGAAGAGAUCUCAGGAAAGAAGAGGAGAGGAGAGGAGAGGAGAGAUUUGGAGAGAAGAAAGAUCAUGACUCCCUCAAAUUUGGCAGGUCAGUUUGGUGACACAACUUAUACUAAGGUAUUUGUUGGAGGGUUGGCAUGGGAAACACAAAAGGAGACCAUGAAGAAAUAUUUUGAGCAGUUUGGUGAGAUCUUGGAGGCUGUUGUCAUCGCUGAUAAGGCCACUGGCAGAUCCAAAGGCUAUGGAUUUGUAACUUUUCGGGAACCUGAUGCAGCCAUGAGGGCUUGUGUGGAUGCUUCUCCGGUGAUAGAUGGGAGAAGAGCUAAUUGUAAUCUUGCAUCUUUGGGUGUUCAGAGAUCCAAACCCUCUACCCCAAAGCAUGGAGCAGCAGGAAGGAACUUUAGGGUGAUGAGCUCUUUUCAGACAGGGUUUGGAGGUGGCGUGGGAACAGCUUUUCCUUCAGCUGCGUCCUUCCCUCAUUAUGCCAUCCAACAAGGGAUACCGUAUAAUGUUUAUGGGUACUCUUCAUACUCGCCAGACUACACAUACCCAGCGAGCUACUACAAUAUGUAUGGAGGGGCAACUGCCCAGUACCCUAUGUAUGGAACUGGGCAUGGUGGAAUGAUGAAUGGUGCGGCUGCAGCCUUUUACCCCUAUCUCCAAUUUGGAGAAGGGAGUACUGGAGGAGCCACCAGCUACAGCAACACUUCUGGGCAGAGCUAUGGUGUCCAGUACCCACACCACCUGUUUCAGUAUUCAUCCAUUAAUUCAACUACUGGAGGAUAUCCACAACAUUAUGGUGCACCUAUGUCUCUUGCCCCAACUGCAGCCUUGCCAUCAGUGUGUUUUGCUGUACCACAGGCGUGACCAUGGCUCUACAAGCUCCACCAAUUCCUCAUCGCUAGAGGGUGUCCGAAUCUAGCCACUACUAUUCUAUGUGUUUCCUCAGCUGCUUCAUUUGAGGCCUCGAAAACCUUCGGCCUAACCAUGGUUCUCUUUCUUUCUCUUCCUAACACAAGCCCAUGCUUGGCUGUUGGGCUCUUGCACAAGCAAACCCCCCAUAGGGGUUAAAAUCAUCUCCAAGAAUUGGAGAGGCAUGCAUCUCCUUUCAUUGCAUCUUUUUGAAAGAAGGGUUCCUUGAAGAGAACCAAUACCUUAUGUAAUCACCAACUCUAGCUAUUGGAUUAGCUUGGUUGGAAAAAGUUUUCAAUCACUAAGCCCAGAAAGGCCAAGUAAAACAACCAUUUUGCAAAUUUUAGCCUAGGCAAGGCUAAUCAACUUACAAUGGUUUGCAAAAUUGUAAAUUGAUCAAGAAAAAUAGCAAACCCUUUAUUUUCAAAGAAAAUUUUUUAAAUGGGUAAUCCCUCCAGCAAUGGCUAAUCACCUCGAGUUGAAGAGGCCGUUUUAGCAAAAUCAUGGGCAAGGUUGCCCACAGUUUUUUUUUGUGCAUUAACAUUUAGCUAGCUAGUCUUUAGGAUUUUAGAACUAGGACAAUGCAGUCAUGUUUACAUAAAUGCUUUUACCAACUUUUAAUUCAUCUUAAACGUGUUUUAACACAAAAAAAAAAAAAACUUUCCUUUGGUUGAGGGAAGAAAAUCCUAUUAACUCUAGUUUUUUCUUUCUUGUAAAUUUAAUGGGGCUAAACUUUGGGAGUUUUUGCCCCUUUCAGUAAGCAAUAGGAGGGGGUAGUGUUUGUUUAUUUUGCAUUUAGUUUUUAUCUUAUUACGUCAUGCUAAGAACUCCAUAAAUGGAUGUGGAGCUCACAGCACCUGCAUGUAACCCAGGGAGAUAUUUUGGUUCCCAUGGGUUCUUCUCCUCUAACCCACCAACCAUGGUUAGGGCUUAGGUCACCUUUACCAAUCUAUGCCCUUCUCUCCAACUCUCUCUCUCUUCCUGCUCAUGUCUCUCUCCACCUCUCUCUCUCUCUCCAUGGAACUUUUACCUGGAGAUGCACCAAAAUACUUUUUAUAUUAUGUAUGAGCCUAUGGUUUGGAUUGUAACUAGAAAGCUACUUAGGACAGCAUUCAUUCUCCAACCAUGGUGGUUGAGAUUGGACGUUACUUCUAUGUCUUAAUUCUGGACUACUAUGCGUACUUCUUCGCAUGCAUGAGAAGCAACUUUAAUUAUUUGAAGUUAACAAUUUUGUCA